AUGGGCGCAGUUCAAGACAAACUUUCCAGUCAAUCAGCUUACAAUAAAAAACUUAAUGAAGCUGAAUUUGAAAGGCAAAAAAAGUUAAUACAAUUAGAGACAGAAAAACCAAAAAAUGAAAAUGAAAAUGAACGUGAAAAAUUGGCAUUACAAAAAAAACAAGCUGAAGCUGAAUUUCAAUUGACGAAGGCAGCAUUAUUACUUGGUUUUCAAACUGCUAUUCGGAAAAUUGAAGCUGAAUUGAUUAAAACAAGAAUGGUCAGUCAAUCAUCGCUUUUUGAAAAGUUUGUUGACUUUAUGCGACAAACAUUAAAUACGAACGAUGCUUUAAUAACGCAACAAACUAAAUUUCCAUCAUCACUUGAAUUUCAAACUUAUAUUAGAAAAGCUGAAGCUGAAUUUAUCAAAAUGAAUAUGGUAAUGCAAUCAUCUAUUUUUGAAACAUUUAUGAAUUUUAUGCAACAAGCAUUAAAUCUGAAUAACGCUUGGGUUAGACAACAAACUAAAUUAUAUGAAUUAGCUAUUGUAAAUGAACAUCAGUCCAAUUACUUCAUGAAAAAAGCAAAUAGUAUAAGAACUCUCGAUGCUCGACAAUUAAUCAACUUUAGUUUUGAAAAAUUCGAAUAUUUAAAUCAUCAAAAUGCUCAAGAAAUGAAUUAUUUCGAGUCUCAAUUAAUAAAUAUCCUUAGAAUAACUCAUGGUAAUGAUUCUUAA